GUGGCUCUGUCGGUGAAUUAUUCACUGAGUUAAAUCUGGAGCUGUUCGAGCUGCUUCUUGUGCCUGAGACAGUUGGUUACUGAAACUCUGGCCUGCCUCCGAUCAGUCCACGAGCUGCGUGAUCCCAGUGGAAGCCAAGCUGUAAAAGUUGGAUGUAACCGAGUGUAAAGAGUUUGCACCAUGGCAACAACAGGGAAAAUGGUUUCUUCUCGACUGCCUCCUCUUCCCACCAUUGGAGAAAUUAUCAAGUUAUAUAAGCUAAGAGCUAAAAAGCAACUAUCUCAGAACUUCUUGUUGGAUUUAAGAUUAACAGACAAAAUAGUUCGGCAUGCUGGGAAUCUGAACAACUCCUAUGUCUGUGAAGUGGGCCCAGGCCCAGGUGGCAUUACUCGAUCAAUUCUUAAUGCUGGCAUUGCAGAAUUACUUGUGGUUGAAAAAGAUACUAGAUUUAUUCCUGGUUUACAGUUGCUGGCUGAAGCAGCACCUGGGAAAUUGCGCAUCAUUCAUGGAGAUAUUCUGACCUACAAACUGGAAAGGGCUUUUCCAAAGCAAUUUCAAAAUGAGUGGGAAGGUGACCCACCAAAUGUGCACAUCAUUGGCAAUCUUCCUUUCAGUGUUUCAACACCUCUUAUUAUCAAAUGGUUGGAGAAUAUUGCAAAUCGCAAUGGACCGUUUGUCUUUGGGAGAACACAGAUGACACUAACAUUUCAAAAGGAGGUUGCAGAGCGUCUCACAGCAAGUACUGGCAGUAGACAAAGAAGUAGACUGUCUAUAAUGGCUCAAUACUUGUGUAAUGUAAAGAGCUGUUUUACUAUUCCGGGCAGAGCCUUUGUUCCAAAACCUAAGGUUAAUGUAGGAGUUGUGCACUUUGUGCCUUUGGUGCAACCACAAAUUAACCAACCGUUUAAACUGGUGGAAAAAGUGGUGAGACAUAUCUUCAGCUUUAAGAGAAAGUACUGCCGAAGAGGAGUUGAAAUUUUAUUUCCUGAAGCUCAGAGAUUACAGCUAACGGAACAAAUGCUUUGUCUCGCUGAUGUUGACCCAACACUCCGACCAGGUGAACUUUCUAUACCUCAGUUCAGGGCUCUUUGUGAUGCAUAUUACCAACUAUGCAGUGAAAACCAAAAUCUUUUCACUUACAACUUCAGAGAAGAAUUACGACAAAAGAAGCUUUUCCAUUAACAGAAAUUAUCACGAAGAGUGUGUGAUAAGUGAAGGUUAAAACAUCCAAAACCUGGAUCUUUGUAUUAGUUACUAAAACUACAUCAAAUUGAUAUUCAAUAAAAAUGCCCUCGAUCUGCUUUACGACAUAUGAUUAUUACCAUCUUUCAAAUAAAAUGCUUCCAUUGGAACUGUUUACAUCUUACUUGGGCUGUGCACUAUGCACUUGUAACGGAAGGGAUUGAAAGCUUAUUUUUAUGGUCUGCAACAAAUUGUUUGUUUUAUCCAAUGUAUGGGUUUUGUAGCACGGUAGGCAAUAGAGUGAAGAAGCUCUGGGACUGAAUAAUUGUCAGUGAUUUCAAACUGUAUUCACUUUGUACUGAUGUUAAUACAAUAAUCAAUAGUUUAUAAAUAUGGGUUUAUGGCCAUAGCUUCCCAGACAGCUAUCACUGCCUGAGAAGAAGCUGUUAAAAAUUUUUUAGAGGUCAAAGUGUGGACCAAUGUUCAGGAAAUUUUCAAGCUAACUGGUUGAGGUGAGCCGAGUGGCAGAGGACAAAGACAAAUGGUAUUGGAUACGUUCCUAUGACAUGAUGAUAUGUGCUUGGGUUGUGAGUUUACAACAGAUUGUGCAGUUGUAUUGUAGAGAUUGAUCUGUAAUUAUGCCCACGUGUACCAAAUUACAUUCAUUUCUUUCCCUGCCUCCCUCUACUGAGCGGCGACUUACCUUUAAGUACUUUUCCACAAGUUUGGAUUAAACAGAUAGUAUGUUGAUGCAUCAAUUGAACAACACCUACACCUGUGUGCAAAGAGUAUGUUUAAUUACAGCAGCUUAUCUCACAAGCUCAAUUCUGCAACUGAUUGAUUGCAUCAUAAUGGCACUAAUGGACAGCAUAAUUGAUCUCUACAGUACCCUAAGUGAUCAUUCAUAGACUUUUUUUUGCUAAUGAAGCUGUUCAGAGGUGGUAUUACACCUCUGGAGCUGGUGGGAAUUUGAACCUGGGCCUCCUGGCCCAAAGGUAAGCACACUACUGCAGCAUCACAAGUGACUGUUAUUCAUUGAAAAUUGCAAAACAUAAAAACUGCAAAAUUCUUAUCAUUUAAAUUAUUCAGUCAUCUUAUGUUUCUGAAGCGAUUCAUUGACUGGACCAAUUUAUAUUUUCCAUAGACUAAGUGGUGUUUCCUUUUGAUUGUUUAGUUGCUUGACAUUCCAGUUUUGAUGCAGUAUAUUUGAAAAUUGUUGACUAUUCUGUAUAUGUAUGUUAGAAAGUUUAUUAGAAAUGCUAGAACAAUGGUGGGGAGGUUUUGGGGAAAGUUGGUAUGGUCACUGGUGUUAAAGGCUAGAUGUAGACAAGUUGAAAAUAAUGUCAUCUUGGUUAACCAGAUUGUUCACAGACUGUCAAAUGUGAUUCCAAGAUGAGCUUUCAACUGAAUAUCAUCAAACUUGCCUAUUUCCAUUCUAAAACACCACCUCUGUCUUUUCCUCCAUCUCAGCUCUGCUGCUAAGGAAAUGCUCAACAAUGGCUUUACCUGUAGACCCGACUAUUCCAAUGUACCACUGGCUGGUUUCCUACAUUCAUUUCUGUAAACUUAAGCUCUGCCGCUGCUAUCCUAAGUCAUACGAAAUACCUUUCUUUCACUAUUGCUGUUCUCACUGGUCUGCAACGAUCUCAAAAUUUUAGUCUGUGGCCUGGUACUCUCCGCUAUCUUAUAACGCUUAUGUCUAUGCGCCAAGAACUCUGGCCUCUCACACAUAUGCUCGCAGUUCUAGAAUCUCCUUACCUGGCUUUCCUUCGAAGAAUAACCUAAAAGCUACCUUUUCUAUCAAUUGUUUUAUCAUUAUCCUGAUAUCUGUAAUGCGCCUCAAUGUCAGGUUUUCUUUAAUGGUGUUUCACGGGCAUUAAUGUAAUAAAACACCCAAAGACACUAUAUCAA